AUAUGCGCUGUGCCGGAGACGUCAUGAGCGUCCUGCUGCCCAACAUGGCGGACUUUGAUACCAUUUCUGAGUUAGAAGAGGAAGAUGAGAGGAUUGUGAGUGAAGAGCAUGUCGUCAGAUACUGUCCCGAGCCCGUGGUCAUGCGAGGUGCUGGCCACAUCACCGUGUUUGGACUUAGCAACAAAUUCGACAACGAGUUCCCUUCUGUUCUCACAGGAAAGGUUGCCCCAGAAGAGUUCAAGACGAGUGUAAAUCGAAUAAAUGCAUGCUUAAAGAAGAAUGUACCGGUCAAUGUAAAAUGGCUGCUCUGCGGCUGCCUGUGCUGUUGCUGUACCGUGGGUUGCAGUCUUUGGCCUGUCGUAUGUCUUAACAAAAGGACACGAAGAUCCAUACAAAAACUGUUAGAAUGGGAAAACAACAGAUUAUAUCACAAGCUGGGGCUACACUGGAAACUCAGCAGAAGAAAAUGUGAGAGCAGCAACAUGAUGGAAUACGUUAUUCUUAUAGAAUUCUCACCAAAAUAUCCUAUAUUUAGACCUGACUGAAAGGACUUCUGAUGGAUGUUGUCAGAAGGCCCUUGAUUCCUCUCCUUAGUGCCUUGUAUAUAUGUCGGAUUGAGGGUCUUUACUGGGUUUCAACCAGACCUCCUCUCCCAGUAACCUUGUACAGUAGAAUUCGCAACACUGUCACUUUGCUUUAGAGCAGAUUUUGCACAUGUAGUAGAAGAGCUGUUAUGUUGCACUGAGAUGUUAUGUUACAGUUAAGGAGUGAUGGAACGAACGCACGCAAGCUAUGAUACAGUUUAAAAGUGCAUUUACCCCAAAGAGCCAUCAAGUCGACCCUACCUACACACUAUAAUAUUGAUAUCAUUGAGCAGAAAAAGGCACCUUGUGGUGUGAAUUUGCCUUAUGUUAAAAGACAACCUUUUUUUAAACAGAAGUAUGUGUACAGGAUCCAAAAUAUUGUGUAAUGAUUAAGUCUGGGUGCCAUUGAAGCCAGCUUGAAGUAAUAAGUCAGCAACAUGAUUUUUUUGGCACUUUUAUAAGCGUCGUCUACUUACUACAGGGGGAGUCAAUCGACUUAUAUAUCAUAUAAUAUAUAUAUAUCAUAGACAAGAUGUACAGUGUGGUAUGCCAUGUUUACAUGAUGUAAUUUAGCUGUUUAUUACUUUAUUGCCAAGAUAUUACCGUAGCAUAGUUGUUUAUAAGCUGUUUCAUGUAACUUUACAGUUUGUAUGGACCCGUUUACCCAGUAAGCCAUAAAAUGUGUGUACAUGAUGCCAUUUCAGUUAGGGCUGGAAAUUGCACUUGAGCACACGGGGACAACAGAAUUUCACUUCUUGUCCUAGAUAUAUAGCGGUUUCUAGAGGUUUUUGAUAUAUUGCGAUGUCAUCACCCAGCAAGCAAUUUUGCAUUUAAAUGACGUCUUAGCCAUUCAAACAGCCCAGGCGUCUAGGGUAAAACAAGGCUGAAAAUUUAAUAAAUGUAUAACCAUAACCCAAAAAAUAAAUAAAUGUUGUUUUUUUAUGUAACCAAAUUCAAUUUAUUUCGGCUCGGUCUACAGUUAACCUAGAUAGUGAAAUUGACUGCUAUUGCUUGCUAAGCAGUGGUGUUUUUAAUAACACAAGAAUUUUGCCAAUCGAAAACAAUGUGUCAUCCAUUUCAAAGGAAAAUCAUCUAGGUAUUUUUAUUUGAUGUCUGAUUCAUGUUUUGUUCUUUUUGUGCGGCCACAUCUUAAAGCAUUUGCUCAUGGAUGUUGCACAUUGUCAUUUUGUUUAUGGGUUAACUACUAGAACACUGCAUUGUAAAUGUAAAGGGUAAAACUGCUCGUAUCUUCUGUCUCUGUAUGACAUGUUUUCUCUAUAUCCUGUCAACCUCAUAUACUGUAGACUGCAUUAGUUGAGUGCCUCUGUAGAUGGAUACCGGGGCUGGAGCUGUGUUUCAGAGGAAUGAUUCUUUGCCUAGCAAUCUAAUGAAGAGGAAGGAAUCUGCUCUCAGUACUGGUUCUGUUAAAGUACCUGUAAAUGUUUGUCCCUACCUAAUCCUUUGGAAAGCUUAAAUAAAUUCUUGAUUUUGA